CCCGCUACACGCUUCGGCCUGCCAGAUGCGCUCCUCGUCCUCCCGCAUCGCUGCAAGACCAGCAGAAGCCACCACCACCCUGGACGCAGUCCUCCUCUCGUUGUGCCACCACCUCGUCUGCCUCGAACCACUCGUUCUCCGCCAGUCGCACAACCUCGCCAGGGCGCAGAGAUAAGCUUGUGCAAGGGUCGAGAGAUAUGAGAAAAAUGGACACGAUCAAACAAGCCUCUAACAGAUCAUGGACUUUACCUUUCGAGCGUCGCCGCCCCCGUUCACCUCGUCGAUCUGAUCAUAGCCAUUGACAUCACAAACAAGAUCGUAUUUCUCGUCGCCAAUCGCCUUGGACAGCCCAUUCGAAGAAACAAGGGGAUCAACAAACCAUAAUUGACUCUUCGCCAGAGGGUUUCCAGAAGAACCGUGUUAUCAUCCGUAGGUACAGGUUGCCCGUGCCUUAUCGCGAACCCACGAGUCCAGGGUUCGCUAGGGGGGCCUAGGCCAUCGUCAGCGCCAACCACGAUUUGAUCAAGCUUCCUCGACCCUUGUCCAGCCUGUCCAAAGAGAAUGGGGUUUGGGUCUUAUCAAGGACUUUGAAGAUCUCCGAGUGGAUCCAACCUUCGGUGCCCUCCACCCAACGAGGUCCGACUUCUCUCUCUGGCAUCGAGCUGCUUUGCAUCAUAUCGCCUGCGAUUAUCGCUACGCUGCUGGUCCCCUGUCGCGUAUAUCUUCUGCAUGUCCUCCCCGUGGGAUGUAACCGUCUUUUACUCUAUGGUCGGAUUCUGAGCCACCGGCAAGAUGUCGAAAUACGUGACAGGAACAAAGAAAUAUAUCCCCAGCCGGGAGACGGUCAAGGCGAGGGCGACAACGCUCAGUGCAUGGGAGCUCCCUAAGCAAGAAUCCGCUCUUGCACCCAAAGAUGUGUGGACCAAUGCGGAUAUGGACCCAGUCCCUCCAAAGUACCAGACGUGGACUUUGUGGACGUGGAUGGCCUACUGGGCAACCGAUACUAUCAACUUGGGUACCUGGGAAACUGCCUCUUCUGUGAUUGCUGUCGGUCUUAACUGGCGCGAUGCCAUUCCCAUCAUGGUUGUCGGUACCAGCUGCGUGGCUGUCCCUAUGGUCCUCAACGGUGCUAUCGGCGCUAAACUGCACAUCCCCUUCUCGGUCAUUGUCAGAUCCAGCUUCGGAUACUACUUCGGUUACUUCUGCAUCGUCUCUCGGGCCAUCUUGGCCAUGUUCUGGCUUGGUAUCCAAGGAGCCAACGGGGCACAAUGUAUUACUCUCAUGCUGACCGCCAUCUGGCCUUCGUACGCGCACAUCAAGAAUCACCUCCCCAGUGAUGCCGGUAUUACGACGCAGGGAAUGAUCAGCUAUUUCCUCUUCUGGAUAAUCCAGCUUCCACUAUUGCUGAUCCCUCCGACGAGGCUUCGAUAUCUCUUCAUAAUCAAACUCGUCGCUGCGCCAAUCACUGCAUUGGCUACUCUCGGCUGGAUUGUUCACAAGGCAGGAGGCAGUGGUGCCAUCUUCUCCCUCCCCGAGACGGUUCACGGCAGCCAGCGCGCUUGGUUGUGGCUGUCAUGCAUGUCCUCGGUCACAGGAUCUUGGGCUACACUGGCUUGCAACAUCCCUGACUUCAGUCGCUAUGCGAAGACCUCCCGCGGCCAGUACAUCCAGCUGCCCUUCCUUCCCGCCAUUUUUACGGUAUGCGGUGUGAUGGGUAUCGUCACCACAUCUGCAUCCAAGGUCCUUUACGGAGAGUUUCUGUGGAAUCCGUUGGAUAUUAUCCAACAUUGGCUGGACAAUCCCGGCGGUCGUGCGGCUGCUUUCUUUGCCGCGCUCUCGUGGUACGUUGCCCAAGUCGGCACAAACAUCACCGCAAACAGCAUUUCCGCUGCAAAUGAUUUGACGGUUCUUUGUCCCAAAUACGUCAACAUCAAACGUGGUUGUGUCAUCGCGGCCAUUGUCGGUGGCUGGGUCAUUGUUCCAUGGAAGAUUCUCAGCUCUGCAACCACCUUUUUGGCUUUCAUGGGCGGCUAUGCCGUCUUCCUCGCUCCCAUGGCCGGUAUCAUCGCCUCCGACUACUGGAUCGUCAAGCGACAACAUAUUGAUGUGCCUGGUCUAUAUGAUCCGCGUGGCCGAUACAGGUACAAUAUAUAUGGAAUCAACUGGCGAGCCAUGCUCGCCUUUCUACUCGCCAUCGGGCCCUGCAUGCCUGGCCUGGCAUGGAGCAUCAACAACAGCUCAAAAAUCACCUCAGGGGCAAAACACCUGUAUUCUUUUGACUGGCUCUAUGGCUUCGUGGUCAGCAUCUUCAUCUACUCGACCACCAGCUACAUCUGGAAACCGACCGAUCAAAUUGUGGCGCACACUGUUUACGGCAUCCCUCAAGACCCCGACGAGGAAGAGGCGUACGAAGAAGCGUACGACGAGAAGGUGCUCAGGAGAGACAGUCUCGUGGGCAACCCUAAGAGUUUCGCCAAUGUAGGUGGAAUCGACAACAUGGGCAGCGCUCUUCAUUUCAGGAAGUCUGUUGAUGAAACUGCCAGGGAGAGUAUCGAGGUGAGACGAGCCAGUAAGGCCAGCCAGGGUGGUCAAGGACCGCAUGCCCCUGGUACCGUCCCUGCUCAUCUCAAGGGUGUUGACCAGGAUGUGUUGAACGAGAAAGUCUAACUUGCUCCGAUCAAAUUGAAUUCGAUCUAGGCGAGACAGGCCAUCUCAUCGCCCCUUUGAUCGUGCCUAGCAUCAAGAUCAAGGACGCCAUCCUGAGCCAGACACCUUUAAGAUCGUUUCGCGGCCAGCUUCUGAAUUAGUUGACGGUCGCCUCCUGUUCUCUACCGAAUUGAAAUGAUACCCAACUGCAUGUCCCAAAAGACUGAAUUUCUAUAUCAAGAACCCUUGUCCGACGAUUGGAGUUGUAUACAAGUAUGGAGGUAGACGAAAACAGUGCUAGGGAAACCGUUGGUACUCGGUAGAGUCUAGACUUUGCGAGGAUAUCUUUCUACAGACAAGAAUCAGAUAUGUAUUUGACC